AUGGGCAACCUGCUAGCUUGUCUAUUGUUCAAGACUGUUAGUCGACCUGAUGGAAUAGGACGAAAAUCAGAUGAAAGUACUGAACGUAAAUCGGCCAAAGAUAUUAGUGGACCUCCAGUUCAUCUCCAUCAACCGACAAUUACAGACAGCACUGUAGUUGGGUCUGUUGGGGUUAACGAAGGAACCUUUAGUACAAAAUUUAUUUCAAAAAAAAGAAAUCAAGAGCAUCAAAAAGAGGAAAAACGGACAAAAAUCAAAAUCACGGGUGACGAUGGAGAUAAGACCGAAACAAUAGAUGAUAAUAAAGAUAAUAAAGACAAAAUUGAAACAACGGGUAAGAUCGAAACAGGAGAUGACUAUGAAGAUGAGGUCGAAGACAAUGAAAGUUUUGAAUUUGAUUUCGACUCAGUUAUUAAGGGUUUGCAACAAGAACCAUUACGCGAA